GGGAGCGCGGCGACCGGCGGACCCGGACGGCGCGCGGGCGGCGGGCAGGGAGGGCGGCCGGCGGGCAGCGGCCCCGGCCCCGCCGCGCGCACCGCCAUGGUGGGCCGGCUGAGCCUGCAGGAUGUGCCCGAGCUCGUGGACGCGAAGAAGAAGGGCGACAGCGUCCUGGACAGUCCGGACUCGGGCCUGCCCCCCAGCCCCAGCCCCAGCCACUGGGCACUCGCGGCGGCUGGGGGCGGCGGCGGCGGCGGGGAGCGGGCGCCGGCCCCUGGGGCGCUGGAGCCCGACGCGGCGGCCACCCCCGCGGCCCCGAAUCCAGCUUCUCUCCCCAACGCCCUGGGCUCUGGCUGCUCGCCGAGGUUAUGCCCCCUGUCAUUUGGCGAAGGAGUGGAGUUUGACCCCUUACCACCAACGGAAGUAAGGUACACGUCCUCAGUCAAGUAUGACUCAGAGCGACACUUCAUCGACGACGUCCACCUGCCCCUGGGCCUGGCGGUGGCCUCCUGCAGCCAGACCAUCACCUGCGUUCCCAGUUGCACGUGGCGCAACUACAAGGCUGAGGUGCGCUUUGAGCCGCGCCACAAGCCUGCCCGCUUUCUCAGCACCACCAUCGUCUACCCCAAGUACCCCAAGACCGUCUACACCACCACCCUGGAUUACAACUGCCGCAAGACACUGAGGAGGUUCCUGUCCAGCGUGGAGCUCGAAGCCAUGGAGUUCGUGGGCGGUGAUUACCUGUCGGAGGAGAGCUGACUGCAGCAGGCUGGGGUCUGGCCCGGCUUUCCUGUCCAGGUUGGGUUGGGCCAGGCUGCCCUUGUGUGUCACUCCAGCCCCAGAAGAGUCUAACCCAGAGACACCUCUCUAAGCCCAGCCUGGGGAAUAAAAAAAAAAAAAAAAAAAAGUCACAACAUCUUCUAAUUACUGAAAGAAUUUGAUUUUUUACAAUUUUUUCCAAUUGUUUUUAAAAGGAGUGUGUUUCCUAGUUUGCUGCUACGUAGCUGCCCCGAAGUCUCAAUUUGAUGAGAAAAUAAAAGGAUGGCUAGAGCAAAAGGAAAAUGGCCACACUUCGAAAUAGGGAAGAGGGGAGCGCUCUUCUUCCAUCAGUCAGUUUGUCUGAGGAAGAGCGUGGAAAAAAUCUCUGAGAUGGAAAAAGUGAGUUGGAAGAACUUUCUGCCCCGGGUGUCUUCACUACUAUGAAAGUGGUGCUAAUUCAGUGAGCUGUGACACCCAUAUGGGUUCAAUCUGGAGAGUUGAGUUCCAUUCUGGUUUUUUAAAUUUCCAUUUGUAUUUCCUGUUAACCAAAACUCUUGGAAUUCUCUAAAGCUUUUUUGUGAUAUCGAAAAACCCCAAACCACAAUAUAAGAUGCCUUUCAAAAAAAA